AUGUCUUUGAAACUACCGCAAAACCCAAAUGCCGGGCUUUUCAAGCAAGGUUAUAGCAGUUAUUCGAAUGCCGACGGACAAAUCAACAAGUCGAUAGCGGCGAUUCGUGAGAUUCAUCAAAUGUGUCUGACGUCGAUGGGGCCCUGUGGACGCAACAAGAUUAUCGUGAAUCAUUUAGGUAAGACGAUUGUCACGAAUGACGCGGCAACAAUGCUGAGAGAGUUAGACUUGGUACAUCCAGCAGUCAAAGUUCUUGUGAUGGCAACAGAACAGCAAAAAAUCGAUAUGGGCGACGGUACCAAUUUAGUUUUAGUGUUAGCAGGUGAAUUGUUGAACGUGAGUGAAAAAUUGCUUGCGCUGGGACUUUCUGCCAUUGAAAUCAUCCAAGGUUACAAUUUGGCCAAAAAAUUUACGUUGAAGGAACUGGAUUCGAUGGCCGUUGAGAACAUUACAGAAAAGCAUGACAAGUCGCAAUUGAUCAAAGUUAUCAAGCCUGUAAUAGCGUCCAAAAAGUACGGUUCUGAAGACAUUUUAAGCAAUUUGGUCGCCGAGGCCGUGUCACAUGUUCUACCAAAGACUUCGACCAAUUUCAACGUUGAUUCUGUUCGUGUGGUUAAGAUCAUGGGGGGUUCACUUUCCGACUCUAGAGUUAUCAAGGGAAUGGUUUUCAACCGUCAGCCAGAGGGUCAUAUCAAAUCUUUAGAACAAGGCAAAAGACUCAAAGUGGCUGUAUUCAAUUGUCCAAUCGACAUUGCCAAUACGGAGGGGAAGGGCACAGUCCUGUUGCACAACGCAGAUGAGAUGUUGGAUUUCACCAAAGGUGAAGAAAAGCAAUUAGACGCCAUGAUCAAAGAAAUCGCAGAUGCAGGCGUGAACUGCGUUAUUGCAGGCGCAGGUGUCGGAGAAUUAGCCUUGCAUUAUCUGAACAAAUAUGGACUUUUGGUCUUGAAAGUUCCAAGUAAAUUUGAAGUGCGCAGAAUUUGUCGUGUGUGUGGCGCGACGCCAUUGCCCAGACUGGGUGCUCCAACUCCUGAAGAAUUGGGUGUCAUAGAAACUGUUAAAACCACUGAGAUUGGCGGUGACAGAGUAACCGUCUUCCAACAGGAAGAAAACGAAGCUACGCGAACCGCUACGAUCGUAUUGCGUGGUGCCACACAGAACAACCUCGAUGACAUCGAAAGGGCAAUUGACGACGGCGUCGCUGCAAUCAAGGGUCUCAUGAAACCAGAUGGCGGGAAACUUCUACCAGGUGCAGGAGCUACCGAAAUCGAACUUAUUUCGAAAAUUACGCAGUACGGCGGCAAGACUCCAGGUCUCAUGCAGCUUGCCAUCAAGCAAUUCGCUAUUGCUUUUGAGGUCGUUCCAAGAACACUGGCGGAAACCGCAGGUUUGGACGUUAACGAGGUUCUACCUAACUUAUACGCAGCUCACACUGACUCAGAGAAGGACUCAGAGACGGGUCAAUUUCAAGGUAUCGACAUAGACGGAGAAAGCCCUGACGGCAUCAAAGACAUCAGGGAAGAAGGCAUCUACGAUCUAUUAUCUGCCAAGAAAUUCGCUAUCAACGUGGCUACAGAAGCGGCCACCACCGUACUGUCGGUCGACCAAAUUAUAAUGGCUAAAAGAGCCGGUGGACCAGCUCCUCCCAGUAGGCCAAAACCUGGCAACUGGGACCAGGAUGAUUAA